ACCGCCGCAGCCGCCGCCUGCCUGCCCUUCUAACUGUGAGCCCGUUCCUAUUAUUUCCUACCUUUCCUAUUUGAUUCGUGCAUUUAUUGAAGCUUGUUCUCGAAAUACUGAGUGAUCUAGACCUAGGUAUCCUAGUCGCUUUGCGAUAUAUCUAGCUAAACGUGCCUUCUAUCCGCUUAAGCUACGCAUUUAAACGCAAGUUUAUUAGCUUAUACAUUCCUAAGGCUUGUUACGUCAUCUCAUUCUACGUCAUCGAGUCUAUUUGCAAGUCAUCGCCUAAACAAAGCACUUAUCUUUCACAAAGGCCUAAUCUAACUAGUAAACUAAACUAUUCACAAAGAAACUAUUAUAAAUAGCCAAUAAAUACUUACGAAUUAUUACGUAACUACAAUUCAUCCCAAUUUUGCAUUCCAAUUUCAAGUCAUUGCACAAAUAAACUGUAUCCACCUAUCGUAAUUAUUAUUGCUGCGGAUAUCUACGCUUCUGCAAACAAUUAAACCUAAACAUUAAACACUGCCUAAUUAAAUACGCCUACUUAUUCCUAGCGUUCCUAAUAACUUCACUUGCUUUAAUUUCCCCUGCAAUCAUCUUUGUUCACUAGCUUCCAACUAAAAUAUAACUUUGAUAAUCAGCUGCUAAACACAACGAACGUCUCAAUUCCAGCGGACUGUGUGGUGCAUUCCAAGCGCGGAGACGCCGUGUUUACUGCGCGAGCGCAUAGUCACCGACUGCUGGUGUCGAGCGGCCGCUGCCUGCGCGCGCCGUGCGCCGCCAGACGAACCGGUUCUGCUAUCGGCCAGCGCUGCCCAGCGACAACGAAGUGAGGAGCGUAUCGUUCAACUUUUGUUAUUAUUUCUAACUAACAUCAGCUGAUCUAUACCGUUAAGUUCAUCGCACGCUUGCAAUCAUGGAGGACAAAUUAAAGGAAUUGCUAAUCAAACGUAGUUCUAUUCGAGGACGCGUUACUAAAUUUAAGAACAGUGUCGAUUUGCUAACUACCGAAUCCAUUUCCUCCAUCGAACUAAGUAAGCUUUCGAUGAAAAUAACGAAAUUUGAGGCGUUAUUCGAUGAGUUCGACGAGUUGCAGGGUGAAAUCGAGAUUUUAAAUGAGUUAAAUCUCUCGUCUGAGUUAGCUACCAGAGAUUUAAUUGAGCAAGAUUUUUAUCAGGCCAUCGCUGUUGCGCAAAAUAUUGUUCAGACUAAGUCACCUUCUAAGCAGGAGGACAACUUAAGUAACCCAUCAUGUUCCGCCAAUUCCCAGUGUCUUCACCAACCGGAUGAGACACUAGGUUUCAAAUUACCAAUAAUUAAAAUACCAAAUUUUGACGGGACUUACUAUGAAUGGAUGGAGUUCAAGGAAACUUUUACCUCAUUAAUUCAUGAUAAUGAAAAAAUCAAAAAUAUCCAUAAAUUUCAUUAUCUUAACUCCUACUUAGAAGGCGAGGCCUCUCGAGUUAUCUGCAAUUUAGAGGUAAAUGACCUAAAUUACGUCAAGGCUUGGCAACUCCUGUGCGAACGAUUUGACAACAAGCGGCAACUAAUUAAUAACCACCUAAAGUCACUUCUAAGCUUCGAGUCAGUGCGAGAGACCGAUAAGUCAUUAAGGUUUAUUAUUGAUCAUGUUUCAAAAAACUUACGGGCUCUCAGCACUCUCGGCCUACCUACAGACAAGUGGGAUAUGCUAAUUAUAUUUAUGGUCUCAGCAAAAUUAGAUCCCAGUACAUUUUUUAAGUGGGAGGAAAACAGGAACACUCUGCCAGAUAUUCCCACACUAGAACAAUUUUUCCAAUUUCUGAAGAACCGUGCCGAUGUUCUCGAAACCGUGCAGCGUAGUAGGCAGCAAGAUAGGUCUAAACCUAAUAAUAAUUUCAACGCCCAAAGUAGGCCUCAAACCAAAGCCAUGGUAGUGACUUCUAAAGAAGCUUCAUCUCCCCCGCCUAAAUUUCAUUUUGAAUGUGUCGAAUGCAAAGCUAAUCAUCGUCUGUAUGAAUGCCCCACAUUUAAGUCUAAGAAACCGGAGGAGAGAAUGAGUUUAGUCACUGCACUAAAAUUAUGCACUAAUUGUUUAAGAGGAGGUCACAAUUCACGCUAUUGUAAGUUACCAGGCUCGUGUCGUUUGUGUAAACAAAAACAUAAUUCGUUACUUCACCAAUCAAAUGAAGUCUCCGACUCUAAUCAGUCAAGCUCCCUAACAAUGUCGGCCCAGUCUUCCACAGAAGUACUGUUGUGCACUGCCCUGGUUAGGUUAAUAAAUCCUGCGACCAACCAGUCAAUCAAGGUCCGAGCUUUACUGGACAGCGGCAGCCAGAGUUCCUUCAUCACUGAAGCUGUUAAAGAUAAACUUAGUUUGACCCCUCAGCCCUCAAACACUAAUAUUGUAGGUAUUGGAAACACCCCAAUUAAUUUAAAAACGGAGCGUUGUGCACUCCAACUACAGUCCAAUGACUCAUCCUAUGACGUCAAAAUGACGUGCCUAGUAAUGCCUAAGAUUUCAGAUAAUUUACCUAAAGUUGCAUUCGAUAUUAGGCAUCUAAAUUUAUCUGACUUCUCAUUAGCCGACCCCAGCUUUAAUGAGCCGUCCCCUAUCGAAAUGCUUAUAGGUGCUGACCUAUUUUGGGAUAUAAUCGGAUCUCAACAGCACUCGUUAGGCGAGAAAAACCCUAUUUUAAGAAGUUCCAAGUUUGGCUGGCUCAUCGUAGGUCCUAUAAUAACUAAAACAAUGCCAAAAAAUAAUAAUAAAAAAUCUAAUAAAAACAUAUUGUGCAAUUUUGUGUCAAGUAAUGAAAAUCUUGACAGCCUAAAUGACGAGUUAAGUAGAUUUUGGAAAAUUGAGAGUUUUCCUCAGCGCCUCGAGCAGUACCGGCAACACUUCUGGAAGCGGUGGUCGAGCGAGUACGUCGCCGAACUCCAGCAGCGCACGAAGUGGAAGACGAGAGCCACGGACCUGCUCCUAGAUGACCUGGUCCUCAUCAAAGAAGACGCUGCUCCCCCCCUGUGCUGGCGGCUCGGCAGAGUCGACAAGCUGUACCCGGGCUCCGACGGCGUGCCUCGCGUCGCCGACGUGCGCACUACCCACGGCACAGUGCGGAGAGCGCUAAAUCGUCUCUGCAUCCUACCUACUCCUCAAGCCAAUGAAUCUUGA